AUGAGUAAAAAGAAUACUAAGCGUAAAUAAAACAACAAGGUAGAGAAGGACGACGAUUACAGUGACAUCUUUGAAGACAUCUAACCUGUAUUGCCUAUUAUAAAAAAAAAAUCAAAAGAACAACAGCAAACAAACCAAAUACACUUUGAGUCCAUUCGCAAUCCAGAAUAAGCCAAUCUCAUUCGAUGUCCCAUAGAAUCCAUCAAUAUUGAAUAGAUUCUGCAGGACAUUUUGUAUGAGUCUUCCAAAGAGUCCCAAUACUCCAAGACUCUCAAGUAAAUACUACUCAUGGGACAGCGGGAAUUGCGAGACAAACAAAAAUAUUACUAAUUUAAAUGGCAAUCAUUAGGUCACUCAAAUAUCAAUCGUUAAGAAUAUCAACGAUAGGAGUAGAUGCUCAAAGAACAAUAAUCCAAAGACAUUGCUGAAAUUCAAAAUAAUGUUAUUGCUGAAUUAGGAAGGAAGAGAGUCAAAGGAUUUCAAUAAAGAGAGGAUAUCCUGGAUGAAUUUAGAAUAAAUUUUAUGAAGAAAAGACAUCUCACACCAGAUGGUCCUGUGAUGGAAGAAUUCCAAUUCUAUGUCGAUCCUGAAGAAGCUAAUCGAUUGAAGAGAGAUCAAAUUUAAUUGUUGGAAAAGCUUAUGGAAGAAUCACAUCUGAUUCCAGAAAAUCAUCCCCUAGAAUUGAAAAGAUACUACAGUCAACCAGAAAAUGCAGGACACCAACCACGUUAUUUACAAAGAACCUAAAGUAAUUAUAUUUAAAAUAAUAACGAAUAACAUUCUAGUGAUACUUAAAAAUUACAAAUAUUUCCAAAAUUGUAGAUUGACAAAAUCAUUAAGGAAAAGAUGGAAAAUAUGACACCUAAGAAAAUUGAAGAACUGCUCAAACUUGAAGAGUAAGAUAUUCAAGUCAUUCCCAGAAAUGUCAGGGUCAUGCUUUUGGAUUCCAAAUCAGAUGAACUAUACACUGACAAGGAUUUCUAAUUGGAUUAGGCUGAAAGAUAUAUCGAAGUCUUUAAUUAAUUGAAGAACCAAAACUUCUAUGAAUUGGAUUUGGAAAAGAUGUUAGAACUCACGAUUUAUAUUGUGAAUAAUACUCAUUAUCAGCAAAAGUUUAAGUUGUCCGAAGAUAGAAAAUAAGUAACACCCAGAGAAUUGUUGAAUUAUAUUGAAAAAUUAUAAAGAUAAUGA